ACUGCAUGAUUAUAGGUUGACCUAAUCAUGCUGCAUAUAAUUCUGAGAACCUAACGAAAUAUGUACUUACAGUGAGUGAUAUCGUUAAGAGUUAAUUACGGAGCAAUAAAAAGUGAAAUUGGAAUAUUUACCAUGUUCUUUUUGACGAAGGACUACCCCGUGCUAUCGAAUAAAAGUUCAAUAACUGCCUGCAAAAUGGCCACCAAACCCAUGCUAAGAUCAUUCAGCACAGAUUCAUCCCGCAAACGGGAUUGGAAACAAAGACUGAGCCUCAGAGAUUGCCAUCGGAGAGAUGGGGACUCGAGGAAAGGAUGCACCCGCAAAUGGACCAGUUUGAAACAGAACGCAAGGGGUGCGAAUAUCCUUCACGAGGGCUUCGGCUCGAGUGCAAGCGGCCAUUCCACCCCCUCGACGGUCAACAUGAGCCCCCUGCCCUCGGGCGCCUCCGAAGGCUACAGAAAAAGUAAUUGGCAGGUCAUAGAACACUUCGGGUCCAAAGAUAAGACCAGCCUGUCUUCAAGUUUGAUGGCGGUGGGUGUUUCGAGGUCUCCUCCUCUGAAAGAAUCGGAUUCUGUUCUGAAUUCAAGUCCAGAGCACGAGGGCAAAGAAACUGAAGCAGAUCUACUCGUAUCACACAACAGGGUAAAUCAACCCACUGGAUUUUCUGGGAAAUUGAAGAAAUUCCUGUGGAAGUUUUGUGGAAAUUUACAAUUCAAGAAUGUACAGGUCGAGAUGCUCUACCAGAGAUAUUUCCUGAAGAUGAACCAGAGCAACAUGACAAAUCUUCUAUCCUUAUUACUCAUACUAUGCAUCGUCUUAUUACUCCUAGCUGCUACGGAUAUUAUUGUUAUGCAACAGAAGUCUCCGUCUUCCUGGAAGACACAACCUACGAGUUCUAGAAUUGGUUUCGAUCCUUUUCAUAAGGAGCUCGUUAUGAUUGCUACAUCAGCAUGCUGCAUAGCCGUAUACGGGAUUCUCCUGGGAAUCCUCUCUAAACCAGCCAUGAAUGAAGUGUAUCUUAUUAUAAUUUCGUACUUCAUCUUGGUGACUUUCGUCACACUGGAGGUAUGUGUGACUGUUUUCUGCGAGCAAGAACGUCCAUUAUUGGGGACGACAUUCUGCCUUGUGUUCACGUACUUGACAUAUGCCCUGAUGCCAAUUAGGUUGAAAGAUGCUCUUCUGGCUGGAAUUAUACUAGCUCUCUCCCAAAUGAUGUUAGUUUACUAUGCCGGUUAUUUGGUGGCGAUCCCAGAGAUUAUUUGCUGUCUGGCAAUUCUUUUCUGUGGCAACGUGGCUGGAAUAUGCACUCACUAUCCUCGAGAGGUUGCCCAAAGGAAAGCUUUCUUGGAAACUCGACAAUGUAUCGAAGCUAGAUUGAAAAUUCAGAGGGAGAACCAACAACAGGAGCGCCUUUUGCUUUCUGUACUUCCCCGCCAUGUAGCUAUGGAGAUGAAAGCUGAUAUUGCUGGCAAGCCAAAGAAAGAGCAAUUUCACAAGAUUUAUAUACAAAGACAUGAAAAUGUAAGCAUCCUCUUUGCCGACAUCUGCGGAUUCACGACCCUGUCCGAUCAAUGUACAGCUGAAGAGCUUGUUAGAAUUCUCAACGAAUUGUUUGCCAGGUUCGACCGUUUGGCUGCUGAACACCAUUGUCUCAGAAUUAAGCUCCUGGGUGACUGCUACUAUUGCGUUUCCGGCUUGCCAGAAGCCAGACCAGAUCACGCUCAAUGCACGGUAGAAAUGGGACUAGACAUGAUUGAUGCCAUAGCUCUAGUGAGAGAAGUAAUGGCGGUUAAUGUCAAUAUGCGAGUGGGCAUUCACACUGGAAGAGUCCACUGUGGAGUACUAGGCCUAAGAAAAUGGCAGUUUGAUGUAUGGUCAAACGAUGUAACACUUGCGAAUCACAUGGAGAGUGGUGGAAUCUCUGGGAGAGUGCACAUAACCAAAGAAACGUUGAAAUGUUUGGGUAACGAUUAUGUGGUAGAACCAGGAAAUGGUGGUGACAGAAACUCAUACCUUAAGGAUCACAACAUCGAUACAUACCUCAUUAUAGCGCCUUCAUAUAGGGGAGGAUCAUCAACAUCUCAUUCUCGAUCAAUGAAUGGUAAUAUUUCCAAAGAAAUGAGAAUGAUGGGCCAUGGAUCUCAACAUGGAAAGCAUAACAAGCUUGGCUUCAACGAAACACCAGAACGGCUGAAAAACACCGAUGAUGAAGUUAACGAAUAUCUGAUGCGAGCAAUAGAUGCUAGAAGUAUAGAUAGAUUGAGAUCAGAGCAUUGCAGGAGUAUUUUACUGAGUUUCAGAGACACUGUGAAAGAAGCCAAGUAUGCUCUGGAAAGGGAUAGGAUGUUGAGUUUAUACUUUUUCUGUUCAACUUUUUGCUUCGUGACAAUAUUUUUCGUACAAUCGUUGAUUAUCAAAUGGAAUUCCGAGGCUUUGCUAUAUUCACUUCCUAUUAUAUUUCUACUUGUGUCGAUUCCUAUUUUAGUUUAUUCGAAGAACUUCAGAUUUAUUGGAGUUUGCGGACGUCUCAAAGCAUUCUCCAUGUACAUCCAUCGAAACAGAAAUAUUGCUCAAGUAUUUUCAUUCCUCAUGGCGGUCUCUAUUUACGCAUUGUCUAUGUUAAAUACACUCUCUCUUGGGAAUCAAACAGAUUGUUUGAACAGGACCACUGCUGGUAGUAUUAGUUGCUUCAAUAUUUCGACUGAAAAUCAAGUGACUGUUUCUGACAAAGACUGUAAAUUUUAUUUUCUAGUCGAUUAUAUUCUUUUACUCGUAUUACUAUCGAUGAUAGCUUGUGCAGUUUACCAAGUACUCAUAUCAUUGUGCAAAACAAUCCUUCUCAGUGGUGGAAUGAUUGGAUUUAUGAUAGUGUACAUUUCAUACUCAAGUGAUAAUCAACUGGUAUGUUUGACGCCAAGUGAAUCGACUCUUACUCAACAGUACCUGAAUCUGGUCCUUUUGGUGGCUGUGGUGAUAGCCCUGAUCAUACACGGCCAACAGACAGAGGCAACCUAUAGACUGGACUUCGUUUGGAAACUACAAGCCACCGAGGAAAAAGAAGAUAUGGAGCACCUAGAAGCGUACAACAGAAAACUAUUGGAUAAUAUCUUACCGGUGCAUGUGGCCGAGCAUUUUCUCAACAGCGAGAAAAACAAUGAUGAACUGUACCACGAGCAAUGUGAUUUCGUUUGUGUUUUGUUCGCAUCGAUUCCUAAUUUUAGCGAAUUUUACGUGGAACUAGAAGGUAACAACGAGGGCGUCGAGUGUUUGAGGUUGCUGAACGAAAUAAUCGCUGAUUUUGAUGAAUUACUGUCGGAGGAUCAAUUCAAAUACAUCGAGAAAAUAAAGUCUACAGGAGCCACUUAUAUGGCUGCUUCAGGGCUCACUCAGAAUACUUGCGAUAUGCAGGACUACAAACACGUGACAGCAAUGGCGGACUAUGCCCUUCGACUGAAGGAACAAUUGGCAGAAGUCAACGAGCACUCCUUCAACACUUUCAGGAUCCGUAUAGGGAUAAACGUAGGUCCAGUGGUGGCUGGUGUGAUUGGAGUGAGGAAACCACAAUAUGAUAUUUGGGGAAAUGCUGUGAAUGUCGCCAGUAGAAUGGACAGCACAUGUCUGUUGGACAAGAUACAAGUGACGAAAGAAGUUUAUCAAAUUCUCCACUCGAAGGGUUAUCCUAUGUCUUGUAGAGGAACCAUAGAGGUGAAAGGAAAGGGUUCAAUGGAAACAUAUUUUCUUGAGGGAAAAUGCCAAAAACCGGAAAUCAAUAUUGUAACGAACCCAUUGGCAUAUAUUCCUGCUGAGAACAAGAAUGGAGGACUGAAUCAUCACAGCAACGAGAAAUGCGUUCUGGGAACUAUCAAAGAAAGAAACUGAAAUGAUUUGAAUAAGACAUUCGAAAAUUUUUUAUGAUGGAAUGUUUUCUGAUGAAUGUCACUGAGUUGUGAAGUUUCCAACCAGAGCUAAGAGUAAUAUUUCGAAGUUAUUCUAUUCUGGAGUAGGAACUAAUCGGACACAAUUUUCUUACUCUUUGCUAAUUGCUUUUAGCGAAUAUAGAGAAACAGAUAUGAAGUCAAAGAUGAAACUUUGAGACAUUUUUGUCUAUCAGAACAUUUAGCUUAUCCAACCCAAUAUUUGUUCAACUGAUUGAGGGAUUGAUUUUUUGAUUUAUCGAAUGACUGUAUGAAAAUUUUUUCUUCAUAUCAACUUAAUCGAAUACUCAUGAACUGAACAGAUUUCGAAUCAAUUCGAUCAAACUGUCGAGAAAACCAUGCAUUUAGAUCGAAAUUCUUAUAUUCACCACAUUAAACUUGAUUGAGCAAAAUAUCCUAUGAAUGAAGGCUCCUCAAAACCAUUUAAUUUUUUCUGUAGCAGAAAAUGAUCAGCCAUGAAUUAUAUUAGUAUUUAUUUCAAUAUUUCAAAGCCCCUAGCUCUCUAAUGUUGAAUUUCCAUAGAGAAUCCAUCGAGAGUUUGAUAAUAUCAAACUUUUAUUCAAUUUGAAUCAAUUCUCUUAUACACUGAAUGGGGGUCUUUUGAUAGACCCUCCCUUGUUUUACUGUGAUAAUAUUUAUUGCAUAAUAGAAAGGGUUGAUGAGAAUGAACCUAACUUAUAAAUGUACGUAUAUAGGUUUUUAUAUUUGCUAAAAGCUUCUAUUCUUGACGCUGUGUAGAUAGUGUUCAUACUACUGAGGUUAUUUUAUUGUGAAGAAAAUGAUAUUUUAUAUUAAAAUUCUACGAAGUU